UCCUAACUCUCUCUCUCUCUUACUCUUUUUCUCUUCUGUUUACACCUUGUUUUGCGGUUUGUCAGACUAAUGGUGGCCGGUAAUACAACCGAACGAGGAACCGUUCAGGGAGUAUCGCCGGCGGGGAGAUCCGCGAAGGAGUCUCAUCACUUUCGAGGCGUGCGGAAGCGGCCGUGGGGAAGAUACGCCGCAGAGAUUCGCGAUCCUUGGACGAAGACACGGCGGUGGCUCGGCACCUUCGACACGGCGGAAGAGGCCGCCCGCGCCUACGACGAGGCGGCGAGGAGUCUCCGCGGUACCAAGGCCAAAACUAACUUCGACCUCGACGGUCUAUCCUGCUUCUCUCCGGUGCAUGCGGAGCCUGCUCCUAUCGUUCCAGACUUCAGCUCAGCAACAACCGUCCCGCAGUGGCUCCCGCCGCCGUGGUUUCCAAGCGCCGCCGAGGAUACGCCGCCGCGUUCGGAGUACACAGGAUAUAAGCUGGAGACGGUAGUCGGUGUGGUUACGAGUGAGCGUGAAAAGCAGCUCAGAACUGAGAAGAAAGUCAAGAAACCGCUCUCGUUCGAUCUGAACUCACCGCCGCCGCUCCUAUGAUGGGCCGUGCAAUAGCCCAAAGUCUAGGCCGUGGGCCGACUUAUUUUGUUGAUAUAAUGUUCUAUGUUAAUGGGCCUAGCCCUUCUUAUAGGUUUGUCAAUGGAGUUCAGCCCAUUUCUGCUCACUAGCCCAAUAGAAAAUUUGCAUUGGCUUUU